UGUUUCCCUCUCCCUCUCCCUCUCCCUCGCCAAUUCCCUCGGCCAAAGCAACACCACCACCUACCGUCUCUCGUGCCGCGCUCCUCCGAGUGGGAGUGGCCGGAGCGGCCUGCUCGCGAUCCAGGAGGAGCGGUGAAUCCGCCGGGCCGGCGGGAGGCGGGGGGUGUACUGGUAGCUACGGCGGCAGCGGGUUCGUCGCGAUGGCGGAGGGGCGGCGCUACGCGAUCGCGCCGCAGCUAGAUAUUGAGCAGAUACUGAAGGAGGCUCAACACCGAUGGUUGCGUCCUACUGAGAUUUGUGAAAUACUUAAGAAUUACAGGAAUUUCCGUAUUGCUCCUGAACCACCAAAUAGGCCUCCAAGUGGUUCACUUUUCUUGUUUGAUCGGAAGGUCUUGAGAUAUUUCAGGAAGGAUGGUCAUAAUUGGAGGAAGAAAAGAGAUGGAAAGACAGUCAAAGAAGCCCAUGAAAGGUUAAAGUCUGGAAGCAUUGAUGUGCUUCACUGCUACUACGCUCAUGGGGAGGAGAAUAUAAAUUUCCAAAGGAGGAGUUAUUGGAUGUUGGAGGAGGAUUACAUGCACAUCGUACUUGUACAUUAUCUGGAAAUCAAGGCUGGAAAAUUAAGCUCGCGUAGUACGGGACAUGAUGACAUACUGCAAACAUCUCAUGUGGAUAGCCCUUUAAGUCAAUUGCCUUCACAGACUACUGAAGGAGAAAGCUCAGUUAGUGGGCAAGCCUCUGAAUAUGAUGAAACAGAAUCAGAUAUUUAUUCGGGAGGAGCCAGACACCACCCUUUCUCUCGGACGCAGCAGCAUGAAAAUGGAGGUGGAUCUGUGAUUGAUCAUUCUAUAUUCAGCUCUUAUGCUCCUGCAUCAUCUCUAGGCAGUUAUCAAGGAUUACAGGCUACAGCACCUAAUACGGGAUUUUAUUCUCAUGGUCAAGAUACCUUACCUGUGGUGCUUAAAGAAUCAGACCUGGGGACUGCAUUUAAUGGCCCUAAUAGUCAAUUUGAUCUAUCAUUAUGGACUGAAGCAAUGAAACCUGACAUAGGGACCCAUCAAAUGCCCCUCUACCAACCUCUUGUUCCCCCUGAACAAUCUCCUUUUACAGAAGGCUCAGGAAUUGAAUCUUUCACAUUUGAUGAAGUAUAUAGCAAUGGAUUGAGUAUCAAGGAUGUAGGUGGUGAUGAUACUGAUGGAGAAACUCCAUGGCAGAUUCCGAAUGCAAGUGUCUCAUUUGCUGCAGUGGACAACUUUCAACAAAAUGAUAAAUCUUUGGAGGAAGCCAUUAGUUACCCUCUCUUGAAAACUCACUCAUCUGGUCUUUCUGAUAUCCUAAAGGAAGCCAUUAAUUACCCUCUCUUGAAAACUCAAUCAUCUGGUCUUUCUGAUAUCCUAAAGGAUGGUUUUAAGAAAAAUGACAGUUUCACUAGAUGGAUGAGCAAAGAGCUUUCUGAAGUAGAUGAUUCCCAAAUUACUUCUAGUUCUGGAGUGUACUGGAACAGUGAAGAAGCUGACAAUAUCAUUGAAGCAUCAAGCAGUGAUCAGUUUACUCUCGCCCCAGUGCUUGCACAAGAUCAGCUGUUUAGUAUAGUUGAAUUUUCUCCAAUCUGGACACAUGCAGGUUCAAAGACUAGAGUAUUUAUUAAAGGUAAAUUCUUAAGUUCUGAUGAAGUUAAGAGAUUCAACUGGUCAUGUAUGUUUGGAGAAGACGAAGUCCCGGCUGAGAUUAUUGCAGAUGAUACUCUCGGAUGUUAUUCUCCCUCACACAAGCCUGGCAGGGUCCCUUUCUAUGUGACUUGCUCCAAUAGGUUGGCCUGCAGUGAAGUACGGGAGUUUGAAUUCCGACCUCAGUACAUGGAUGCUCCAAGUCCACAUGGUUCUACAAACAAAACAUAUCUCCAGAUGCGUCUUGAUAAACUAUUGUCUUUGGAACAAGAUGAGAUCCAGUCAACUCUGUCUAACCCCACAAAGGAGAUUGUUGAUUUGAGCAAGAAGAUAAGUUUAUUGAUGAUGAACAAUGAUGAUUGGUCUGAGUUGCUAAAGUUGGCUGAUGAUAAUGAGCCUGCCAUAGAUGAUAAGCAGGAUCAGUUCCUUCAAAAGUGUAUUAAGGAAAAAUUGCAUAUCUGGCUUCUCCAUAAAGUAGGGGAUGGAAGCAAAGGUCCCAGUGUGUUAGAUGAGGAGGGGCAGGGUGUGCUUCAUUUGGCAGCUGCCCUAGGGUAUGAUUGGGCAAUAAGACCAACAAUAACUGCUGGCGUGAAUAUAAACUUUAGAGAUGCUCAUGGAUGGACUGCGCUCCAUUGGGCUGCUUUUUGUGGCAGAGAGCGGACAGUCGUUGCGCUUAUAGCAUUAGGUGCAGCUCCUGGAGCUGUAACAGACCCAACUCCCAAUUUCCCUUCAGGAAGCACACCAGCUGAUCUUGCAUCAGCCAAUGGACACAAGGGGAUCUCUGGUUUCCUGGCAGAGUCUUCUUUAACAAGUCAUCUGCAGACUCUCAAUCUAAAGGAAGCCAUGCGUAGCAGUGCAGUAGAAAUAUCUGGUCUACCUGCCAUUGUGAAUGUUGCCAAUAGAAGCACCUCACCAUUGGCAGUUGAAGGCCUUCAUACUGGAUCAAUGGGAGAUUCAUUAGGUGCCUUUCGUAAUGCCGCCCAAGCUGCGGCCAGGAUAUAUCAAGUUUUCAGGAUGCAGUCCUUCCAGAGAAAACAAGCAGUUCAGUAUGAGGAUGACAAUGGUGCAAUAUCAGAUGAACGUGCCAUGUCACUCUUGUCUGCUAAACCAUCCAAACCUGCACAGCUUGAUCCUCUGCAUGUGGCUGCGACUCGAAUACAAAACAAGUUUCGUGGAUGGAAGGGAAGAAAAGAAUUUCUGCUUAUUAGACAGCGAAUUGUCAAGAUCCAGGCUCAUGUGCGAGGUCACCAAGUGAGAAAGCAUUAUCGCAAAAUAGUUUGGUCUGUUGGGAUAGUGGAGAAGAUUAUAUUGCGCUGGAGGCGACGAGGUGCUGGGCUACGUGGAUUUCGACCCACAGAAAAUGCAGACAGUACUAGCAGCAGCAGUGUCGACGCAACCCAAAACAAACCUGCUGAGAAUGACUAUGAUUUCUUGCAAGAAGGACGGAAGCAGACUGAAGAAAGGCUGCAGAAAGCUCUUGCCAGAGUGAAAUCCAUGGUUCAAUACCCAGAGGCUAGGGAUCAGUACCAGAGGAUUUUGACGGUGGUUACUAAAAUGCAGGAAUCUCAGGCUCUGCAAGAGAAGAUGCUCGAGGAGUCGACAGAGAUGGAUGAAGGCCUGUUGAUGAGCGAAUUCCAAGAACUGUUGGAUGACGACAUGCCAACGCCUGGAUAUUUCUAGGUUCUAACAACUGGUGUGCGCGCUUGUAAACGACCUUCCCGUGUUUGUAUAUAGCGUUACCAAAUAGAUACCCCUUGGUUGCACUGCUGAAUCUCGUACUUGUAUGUUUUUAGUUUGGUUCGUCCGUUUUGCUAUUUAGCUAUAGCCAUUUGUACAGUAAUUCUUCUGUAAAAUGUAUUUAAAUGAUGUAGGUCGUGGAAAGCUUCAAUUUGUUGGAUAAGCUAAGGAUAGAAUGUGCAGAGUUUUGUGAGGGAAAAUGUAUAAUCCUGUCUAUGUUUUGACUGCCGUGUGGACCGUGCGGUGUUUCUGGAAAGAACAGUUUUACCAUCCUUGAGGAGGAUGACGAAA